GCUCAAUCCGUUCCCGCAAUUCUGUCCUCUGCUCAGCUCAUCGUUCACCCACUCACUCCGCAUCUUCCUUGCCCCGCAAUCAACAAUGGUGCGUUCCAAACUCAUGUGGACAGGGCUCUUAGUCGCCUCUCUUCUAUCAGUUACCAUGACCUGGCGGGUCUCGAACAACCGCACGGUGACCACCGCAAUCCCCGCGUCAGCCAACCCGGAUACCAUCCGCCAGCUGCUCCAAGAUCAACCUCUCUUCAUCAAAUUAAAUCCGGUGGUCACUGGCCUGAGCCUCGCGCCCACCGCAUCCGAGCGGUACGAGGACGAGUGGCUCCAGACUCCAGCGAAGGCGGGAACCCGAACCCCGCCAAUCCAAACAUACCUCCUCAGCCAGGCAAUCACGGUUAUGCCCGGCGCAGGCGGAUGGGGACAAAAGCAUAUCCACUUCGAGACCUGGCUACGAGAUACCCCGACCGGAGUCAAGACCCGGGCGGAUGCCCCCUUUGGCGUGUCGGUGGCGAGCCAUUGGGCUGUUGAGCCUACCGCGUUGUUGUCCGACUCACAAGGUCCACAAGAAUGGCGGCUCACGGUGCAAAGAAGAAUUACAUGUGUAUGGUGGAUGAUGCCGUUUGUGGCCUACACAUACGACGAGGUCCAUGCCAGCGUCAUUCGGGAUUUGAUUGAGCUUGCCAGCUGAUGGAUUGGCCGGUCACCCAUGUGGUGCCUGUGGAUGGAGCUCGUGCAGAAUCAUAAAUAUCUUUCUCGCGACGGUCACCUUGGAUGGUGCGUUGAACACAACGUAGGCGGUAUACCCGGGUGAAUAUAGAGGUGGUGUGUGGCUGUAUAUGCCCAACAUGAACCUCAGGUUUGUGCGCAGAACUGAAUUGAGAAACUAAGCGCUCUUCCGUUUUGAGUACUAUGGUCGAAUCCAUCAUCAGGUAGAAUAUAACCUAUGUCUGAGACAGACAAACUAUGGCUGUGCAGGAUGGGCGCAA